UUCUUGUGCCUAAUUAAUUGUUUAUUUUAUGUCAGGGAUGAUUUAGAAUUUUACAAAGUUGUUAGUAUCCCCCAAAAUUUCAAUAAAAUAAUUUUCUUACCUUGGUUGCAACCACUGCAUCCCCUUCCCGCCUCCACCUCUGAUUUGCCACCGCCGCCCUACCUAUUCCAAUAAAUCUCCCCUACUCAAAUUCUCCACCAAAAAUGCGUCCACCAUCCGUCGACGUUGCUGUAUAGGUAAUUUUUUCCGUUAUUUGGUGUUGAGUCAAGAGACCUAGUAUGGAAGACCAAAGGAGACGUAGCCUGGAAGCUCUAGAGAGACGAUUUUCUCAAGCAAAGUCAGAGGUUCAGUCACAGCAACAGAUGAGCAAGAAAAGGCCAGCUGAAGAUAAGAAAACAUUUUUUGUAGAUUCACCACUCAAUAAGCCCCUCUCGAUAUCUUCAUCUAAAAAAGGCAACUUUUCUUUUCCAGAUCGUACUUCUAAAGAAGAUACAGAAGUAAAUGAGCCUGCCUACUUGAAGCUUUCUCACUUUGUUCAUGAAAACUUGCUACCAACUGGUGUACAAGUUUCUGAAGGUAAAGUCACAGUUAAUGGAGUUUUACAUGAGCUUUUCCAACAUGGUGAUUCAGCUAAGAAAUACAUGCAGGGAUCCAAAAAUAUAAAAAUCGAGAAUACAAUACUGCUUGAUAAUUUUGUCCAGAGAAGUGGCAGUUCAAAUUCUGGUCAUAUGAGAGCACAACAACAUGGCUCAAAACGCUCUAUAAAGCAUAUGUCCCUGAAGCAACAUAAGAGUAUUGGAACAUUUGAUUUGCCGAAAGCAUUCCACAACUUUGACAUCUUUAAAGCUAUGCAUGAAAAGUGGAAAUCCUAUAUACAGAAGCUUCUUAAAAUUGCUGGGAGAGAACAGUUGGCUCAGUGCUUCCUUAAUGUCGACCUACACGGUGCAAUCAUUUUAGUUGUUCAGUGUAAAACUGCUGCCUACGUUGGGUUACAUGGCAUCAUGGUUCGAGAAACUAAAGAAACAUUUGGAAUUGUUACGCAGGACAGCAAAUUCGAAGUGGUGCCCAAAAAGUUAUCUGUUUUUAUGCUCGAAGCUAAUCACUGGAAGAUUACAUUGAAUGGAGAUAAACUUGUAUCCAGAAACUUGGUCCCAUAAUUUUUGCUAUGAGUGAGUUCUCCACUUUAAUGUUUUUGAGUAAAUAUCAGUUAGAGCCUCAAUACUUAGGUUGAACACCUAAUAUCAGUUCGAAUGCCAACAGCUGGCAGAAGAAGCCGACAUGCUUGAUAAUUUGGCGAAUACCGAUAUAUAGGACACGACAUGCUUGAUAAUUUUAGAAAUUUUUGGUGAGAAUUUUCUCUACCUCCUGGUCUUGGAGGCAUUCGAACUAGAUGCUAUUGAGCUCACGCUCAGAUUCGUAGAAGUACGUUCUACUUCAACACCAUUAGCUCCACAACCAUCGACAAUUUCAGUAUCAUUACCCACGAUUGGUCGACCAUGUUCCCGGAUCAGCUCCUCGAAUUAAGAAGAAAAAAGUUACUCGUCCACGACACAUGUGGAUGUGGUCGACCGAUAUGAACUGGACAACAUCCUCGUCAUUGUUGUCAUAAUGUCAUCAUUACAUUCAGUAUGUAGAAGACAAUCUUUCAAGCUUUGAGGUGUCUGGGCUUUCUGCUGCUCCAGCCAAGUUCUCCUGACCCUGAUUGGCGGCCGAUCCGUCGUGUUCUCCCCUGUUGUAGCCAAGUUAUAAAACUGAUCCAGUAGAUAUAAUUCUGUUAUUUUUCUUACUUCAUGCAAUUGUUUAUUUCAAAGAAUUUUGGUGAGUAAUUUUUCAAAUAAUUAGAAUCAAACCUUUUGAAUA